GUGCAUAUCGGAACGCAACUAUAGUCGGGAUAGAUAUAAAUGGCAGCUGGAAACCUGCGACGCAGUGAAGAGAUUCACUCUGUGAAUUAAAUUCUAUAUUUUUAUAAUUGUUUUAUCGUUCCCCAAAUUGUUGAUAUGUCGCAAACAUUGGAAGAUGCACUGAUCGCUGCUCGUAGAGCUGUACAGUUUGACGGGAAUAGUCAAUAUAAACAAGCUUUAUAUUAUUAUAAUAUCGCUAUUAAACUUCUUACUAGGUUACAAUUAGACGAUACGUACGUGCAGAAGCUUUCAGACUAUCGCGAAAGGAUUUCAUUAAUACAGCGUCUCGUCAAUGAAGAGGAGCAGAACAGUCAUAAGACAGAACCUUCACGUCAUGAAUUACAAAGAUGUAAAUUUCUCAUCAGUCAAGCAUUAGAUGCAGAUGAAGCGGGUUUAAAAGACAUUGCAGUGAAAUUAUAUACAGAUGCUGCUGAACUUGGUCUUAGUACAAAAACUAGCGAUGCUGAACUAAAAGCAAAAUUAACAGAUCUAGUUAGAGUCGCCGUUGAGCGGGCUGAGUCUUUGAAAGGAAUCAAAAGUCCAGUUGAGGAUGAUAAGGUUAUUACAAGUCUUGCCAAACUACCACCUGUACCAGAAACCAGUUUCCCAGACACUAUACCACCGGUAAAUGCAUCAGCUGCCCCAACUAUGAGGAACGUUAACAAGCCUCAGCUUCAUCGUGGAAGCAGUGCUCAUCUUAAAGUCAGUGGUGGAACUAGUAGCUAUACUGAAGAAGAGAAGAAAGUACUGUUCCAUAGUUCUCAUAUUAACGACAAUGAAUUUGUACCAUUUAUGCAUAUUGAUCUUACUGAAAAAUUCCGAUAUGCUAUUCCAUUUACCGACAAAGAUGGGUUAUUAGAACUAGCACCGAAACAAAAGCUUGACUUCGCUAGAUGGUGCCGACCGGAGGAACUAUAUUCUGAACCAAAAAUAGUCAUUGGUCAUCAUGUAGAUUACUACAGCAUAAAACAAACGGUGAUCUCUGACUGUUCCUUUGUCGCUUCACUCGCUGUGAGUGCUCAAUAUGAGAAGAAGUUUGGGCGAAGACUCAUAACGUCCAUUAUUUAUCCUAAAAAUAAAAACAAGGAGCCUAUAUACAAUCCAUUCGGAAAAUACAUGGUGAAACUACACAUCAAUGGUGUUCCACGCAAAGUAAUAAUAGAUGACCUUUUGCCUGUAAGCCGAUACAACCAAUUACUCUGUUCCUACUCUAGCAAUCGUGGGGAGCUAUGGAUUUCUUUACUUGAGAAGGCUUAUAUGAAAGUAAUGGGUGGUUACGAUUUUCCUGGAUCGAAUAGUAAUAUAGAUUUACACGCCUUAACUGGCUGGAUUCCUGAGAGAUGGGCAAUAAGGCCAAGUGACGCGGAUUUUAAUAAAGACAAUCUAUUUGAUACGUUAUUAUUACGACUUCAUAAAGGAGACGUGCUAGUCACUGUAGCCACGGGAGAGUUAUCGGAUUCGGAUGCGGACCGCACGGGUCUCGUACCGAGUCAUGCGUAUGCCGUCCAUGAUGUGAGAAAGAUUAAUGGAGAAAGAUUACUACAAUUAAAAAACCCAUGGUCUCACUUGCGAUGGAGGGGCAAUUAUUCCGAGCUCGAUAUGAAACAUUGGACUCAGGAUUUGAAGGAAGCAUUAAAUUAUGAUCCGGAAUCUGCUUCGGAAUUUGACAACGGUGUUUUUUGGAUUGAUUAUGAUAGUAUAUGUCGAUUCUUCGACGUGUUUUACUUAAACUGGAAUCCGGGAUUGUUCAGCCAUACUUACUGCAUACACCAAAUGUGGAGAGCUGGUAUCGGUCCUGCAAAGGAUGCGUACAAUAUUGGCGAUAACCCGCAGUUCUCAUUAGAAAUACAAGGAAAAGGAUCAGGUGCUAUCUGGGUACUUCUUACAAGACAUAUUACAGAUAUAGCCGACUUUCGACAGAAUCAGGAAUACAUCACUGUUCUGAUAUAUCGUAACAAAGGGAAAAGGGUUUACUAUCCGCAUGACCCGCCACCGUAUAUUGACGGUGUGAGAAUAAACAGCCCACAUUACUUGUGCAAGAUCAAAUUGGGAGAGCAAAGCGAUCCCAAAUAUACUUUAGUCAUAUCUCAGUACGAAAAAACGAAUACAAUAUUUUAUACACUUCGUGUGUACGGCACGUGUCCAUUUUCGCUGCAGAAAAUACCACAAUUCUACAAAUACGAAGAAGAGGUCACUGGUCAAUGGAAGGGUGCCACAGCAGGAGGAUGUGGCAAUCAUCCGACAUACAUGGGAAAUCCACGAUAUCAAUUAGUACUUGAAAGCGCGCAUAAUAACAACUAUGUAUUAAUUAUUCUGAAAGGACCUAAACAGUAUCAAAUAGGCUUUGACAUCAACACCGUCGUGCUGAACGAUACGAACGCAGCGACUGCAUUUAAGACAAAAAGUUCUGGACCAUUCAGAUCUGGCUUUGUGUAUUUAGAGCUGGAGGAUAUACCAGCAGGAACGUAUCAUAUUAUUCCCUCUACAUAUAUGCCUGGUCAAGAAGGACCGUUCUUUUUGAUUUGCAAAUCUUCUUGCAAUUUGCAGCUUCAACUUCUUUCGACGAAUUAAAAAAUGUGUAAAUAGCUGAUCGCAGUUUCCCUUAUAAUUGUUUACGUUUGUAGUCGUACGUUUUUAUGCGUUAUAUCUGCCUCUGAUAUAAAUUUAACCGAAUACUAUUUAUUCGAUAUAUGUUUCGAAGAAAAUGCUUUUCUCUCAUCUUAUUUUAUAUCUGAUUGAAAAAAAUAUCGAGCAUUUGCAACGUAAUAAAAAUACCAAUUAUUUUAUAAUUAUAA